AGCGAUUUCUUUUCGUAUCGUUUGUUCUUAACAAAAAUAUAAUUGCUCAAGUUUUUAAGUAAUAAUUAUUGCGUUACUUUGAUAUUUCAUCGCCAUGAGUAAACGUAUACGGUCAGUAAAUUGUUGUAAUCCAUUCAAUGAGUCACAUAAAAAAGGAGUUAAAGAUUUAAGAAAAUUUCCCGACGAAGAUCGUUGGAAAUUUCCUGACUUAGAUGACACUUCAAUGUUAUGUGUGCGUUGUCGACUCCGUGUCAAAGAAUAUAUUCCGCCGGCAUCAGAGGAAGAGGAAAUUAUUUCAAGUCAAAUUAGUGUUGAAAGUCUGAGUAUAUCAGCUGAAAUUUGUACUCAAGGAAGCAGUUUAUCUCGAACUGUCAGUAAUUUUCGCGACAAUCUAUGUGAUUACAAUGAUCAUUCUUUAGAGCGAUUUUUGAAAAUUCCUCUUAUUGAAAAAGACAGGUAAAAAUUUUCUAUUGAUUAAGUUUUUCAUUUACUGAGUGAAAGCUUACUUAAUUAUUUUUCUAU